AUGGACCGAGGUGGCUGCCAGAUGAGUGGAGGAGGAGGAGGAGGUGGAGGAGGAGGAGGUGGAGGUGUAGACGGGCCCGAGCGAGGAGGCAUGAUCACCCUGGAGGACCUGGAGUCUUUCUCCGAGGAGCAGCUGUCAACCAGCCUGGAGGACGACGAUGCGGAGGGCAUGGAGGAGGACGAGGACUCGGACCAGAUGCUGCAGUACUGGCAGGACGUGGCCAGGGGGCACCAGGUGGAUGUGGCUCAAGACAUGGCAGAACCCAUUCAGCAGCUGACCAGCAACAAUGAAGGACGCAGCACCAGAGAACACAUCCCAUUCACUCUGCUUGCACAGAGAGAAAAGUGCGGAAAACUGCUCUACGAGAAACGCCACUAUGAAAAGGGUCACUGGGCUUGUAUAACAAUGCAUGAGGACACUUACGAACAGAGCAUCUGUUAUGGUUUUAUGAAGAUAAUGAGAUACAUCUGCAAGCAGAAUGCUCUAGGCAUCUACCUGGGCAUGACGCUCCCCAUCGUGACGAUAGUACGCACAGAUCAGACCCACUCUAAGAUCUCCCAUGACGUCACCGUGGCGUACUACCUUCCUAUUGAGCAUCAGGCCCAGCCCCCACAACCUGAGGACAGCCAGAUCAUCAUAGAAAGCUGGCCCAUCACUGUGGUGUACACAAGGCCAUUCACCGGUCCCACCAAUGAAGUGACCAUCAUUUACCAGAUCAACGCUAUGGUAGAGGUGCUAGACACUCCCAACUUGUGUGUCAACGACUCAUUCAUUGUGGCCGGCUACACCAACCCUGCCCACAGCAACCGUUCCAACGAGAUCUGGUUCCUGGAGCGCUGAGGUACGGGAGGACGCAGCAGCAUCCUUGUAUCCGUGACCUUGAGCCUAAUAAAGACUCCCUUAACACUGCCCCCAACCCAGCUACAGCCUCAGGUGCAAAAACCCACCACUGCUACGUGAAACCACCACCAGCCCAUCCCACUACACAGCAGUCCAGUCUUGAUAUAAAAAGGAAAACUCAAACCUUACUCAAACCCCAGGGAAUUUUCCAGUCACGUUCAUUUAGUUAUGUCCUCAUCUUACCUCUAACAGCUGAACUAAACCACUGCCAUCCGCUCAUGGACAUAGUGUAGCAUUCAUCUCCCGCUCUCUCAGAGAUGACUAGAACCUUUCCUAAGCACAGUGCUCUCUCGUUAUAGUCGCUCUAACAGUUUCAGCUCUUAGCACUCAUUGAACAUAGUAACCAUCGAGAGAAAGAUGUAACAGCAGCAUGUCUUUAUUUUCUCCCACUGCGGAAACAGGCUCCCAGUGGAUAUGCAGCCUUAUUAAUACCCCCUUUUCUGUUUGUUGCAAUGCUACAAUGUCUUGUCAUAUGGGGUGAAAUUCUAUUCACAAAAAAAAAAUGUUUCUCUGUCGCUCUCAGGCUUUCUGAAUUGAUUUCAACUCCGACACUAUUGAUCGACUACAGAUAUAAACUCACUACACUAUUGCUUUAACAAUAAGUGCAAUACUUACAAGACAACCAGCAAAAACAAGCUAGUCACAACAGUUCCUGGGCCUCUGACCUAGCCCUUUUUAAGGGUGUGUUCAGUUGCAGGUAUUGUGGGUUGGGAACAGAACCGGUGGCUUAAACCAGAAAUACACUCACACACAAUAAGUUGACAACAAUGUAGGCGACGCACACGUGAAUGUAACGUGGUCAUGUGUUUUUGUGCAUGAAUGUAUAGCUACAGGGAGAGAGGGCGAGGACAAACGCAACACUUCUGGCAACACUUCUACCAAACCAAAUGCUGAAACACUCACUGAUCCUACUGCUGAAUGACAAUCAUUAAGUACUUAUUAUAUGUACAUUCUUUUCUUCAGAGAAAACAAUGCAUUCCUCAUGCUUCAAGGCACAUUCACACACAGGAAUAAAUAUGUACCUCUUUAUCAUGCUCUUUUUAUUGCUACUGUGUGUCAAUGUUAGUGAGUAUGCAUUCACUACUGUAUUGCAAAUGCCACUGCUUCUGAGUAGGAACAGUGUUACCAAGAAAAUUAGAGCACAAAGAAUACCUCUACUGUGAUUAUACUCUUACUAAAUAGACAGCCAUUGAAUUCUGUUUUUAGUUCAAGCUGUAUUUAAUGUUCUAUCAUCAAUAUAAGAAGACAAAGUGAAAGAUGUAUGUUUAUCUUUGCUAUAUUUUGAAAUAAAACGUACCAGUAACAUGCAAAAAGAAAAAAAAUCAAGAAUGCAAAAGCAUCAAACCAGCUACACCGAGAGCUCACAGUAAUACAAGAAUGUUUCUGCUUUGGAAAUUCAGUUACUGCUUGGGUGCCAAUGAAAUUUAACUGGAAGUCAACUAACACCAAAUCCUAUUUGUGUGAGCAUUUAAAAAAAAAAAAAAGAAAGCAACAUAAAAUGUUAUUAAAUGUGUCAAAUAAAAAAAAAAUAAACUCAAAUUGAGAGAAAUCUUGCUUUAUCUAAUUUAAACAACAAACUUGUAAAUUGACAGAGAAGAACGUUUAUAUUGGAGUUGGGAAAGUUCCUUUUACAGUCCAAAACAGAAUUUAUUUUUGAUGUAAUGAUUAAAGCGUCAAUAUGAUGCUCUGUGACAACUGUAGUGUGCAAACACUGACAAAGCCAUGAUACAUGUAGGUUUCUUCUCCCUUUUAAGAGCCUGGUUAUAUGGGAACAUCAAGUGUGAGGAUCUAAUUUGUUUCUCCCUUUUUUCUUUUGCUUAAUUUUUUUUAGUGUUUUGCAAACGUGUGCACUGUGCAGUACUGUGAACGUUCAAGUGCAACAACAAGAGCUACUGUGGUUUUCUUUGUUAAAUAAAAAUGUGCUUGUCUCCUGUCUUUUGAAAAAUC